AUAUAGGCGGAUUUCGGUAUGAAGUAUCGAACACGGCUCCUGAGUUCUACCUCUCCCUUGGUCGAGAAAUUCGAGUGUUGAUCAGUUGUUCGCGCCGAUCAAUCAGAUAGGAUUUUCAAAUCUUUCCAUUCGCACACGCAAGAUGAGUGAGCUCCCGGUGGUGACGUAUGACAAGCAAGAAUACAUAGAGACCGCUUCUGGAAACAAAGUCAGCCGGAAAUCUGUUCUCUGUGGUGCGCACAACAUCAUUCUCAGUGGCAAGACCAUAAUUCAAGCAGGUGCAAUCGUUCGCGGUGAUCUUGCGAAUGUCAGAGUCGGUCGCCGCUGCGUCAUCUCGAAGCAUGUGGUCAUCAGGCCACCAUACAAAAAGAUAUCCAAGGGUUUGACUUUCUUCCCCCAACAAAUCGGAGAUCAUGUGUUCAUUGGCGAGGGCAGCGUUAUCAGCGCCCAGUCCAUCGGCAGCUACGUGCAUAUCGGCAAGAACUGCGUGAUCGGUCGGAAAGCGGUUCUGCGAGAUUGUUGCAUGAUCGCUGACAACAGCGUUGUAAGUCCAGAAACCACGGUACCUUCAUAUGCGAUCUACGCGGGUGUCCCAGCAAGAUAUGCGGGAGAACUACCAGGGCCAUGCCAAGACAUAAUGGCAGACUACACCAAUUCGUACUAUUUGAACUUUAUACCGCAAGAUCCGAUGACGGUCGAGAAAAAGUAAUAUGUACAGGUCGGAAUACGCCAUCAUUAUUUAUUUCUCAGUCUUAGGUACACCCAGAGCGGAAUAAAUUAUUUCCUA